AUGUACUUUGUAGUCGAACAAUGGAAGAUUAUAAAUGUGAAGCCGUCGCAGUUGGGUCCAAGCUACCAGCAGAACAUCGAGGAGAUGCUGCGGAAUCAGGUCGAAGGCCACUGUAGUUCGAAAUACGGUUAUGUUGUCUGUGUCAUCCGCAUAAUUAAGAACGAAAUCGGCCGUGUCCAGGAUGGCACAGGCAUGAUCGUGGUGAAUGUGAAAUACCAGGCCAUCGUUUUUAAGCCCUUUAACGACGAGGUAGGUUGUUAA